CUCUGGAAGUCUGGGAACGCGACGGGACGGCGCUGGUCCGGUACCGGUCGGCGGUCUGUCGUUAUGACGGGCUCCGGUCCGAAACUCGGGGUCCUGCUGCUGCUGGCGGUUCUGCUGCAGACUGUGGUCGUCACCAUCACCGUGCUGCACUUCACCACGGCUCUCAACUCGAUGAAGGAGACGUUUGCCAGGAGCAGCGUCUCAUGUCUGACGGGCUCCGACCUGCAGAGCAUCACGGCCGUGCGAGGGGAUCCGUGCUGGCAGGUCACUCAGCAGCUUCACCUGCUCAUCGAGAAGUCUCUGUCUCAGCGCUACCAGAGGCAGAUUUCCUCGGCAGUAAGAGAUGAGGUAUCUCGGGUGCUGCCCUCACUGGUGAUGGAGGACAGGGCUUCACCUCGCCCCAAAGUGGCGGCGCACGUCACCGGCAGCUUCGUGCCCAAACUGGAGCGAGAGGGAGGAGCUCCUGUCUCGACGGGGCGUCGAGUUCAGGGCCAGAAGAUCUCGUGGUGGGAGGGGCAGAAGGGGCUGGCCUUCCUCCAGGACGUCCAGCUGGUGGACGGGGAGCUGGUGGUGCCGCAGCCCGGCCUCUACUACGUCUACGCCCAGACCUACUUCAGACACACCCACUCCCUGGAGGAGGAGGGUGAGGACGAGGAGGAGGCGGAGGACAGAGGGAGGCCCCUGCUGCAGUACGUCUAUAAAAAGGUGAGCUCCUACCCGGUUCCCAUCCUGCUGAUGAAGACGAGUCGGACUUCCUGCUGGUCCCGGGGCUCCCAGUUCUCUCUGCACUCCGCCCACCAGGGGGGGCUGUUCCCGCUCAGCGCCGGCGACCGCCUGUUUGUCACCGUGACGAACGCCUCUGCUGUGGACAUGGACGAGAAGAGCAGCUUCUUUGGCGCUUUUCUCAUCAGCUAGAGAAUCAGACGCAGGAAAUCUCUCAGAUCUGCAGACGUGAUUCGUGUUUUAUAAAGUGUGAGUUGAUCAUAAACGUCCCCUGAUGAUUGCGCCCGUGAAGUGAAAAACUGAAACAACCGGAAAUAUCUGACAACACUGGUUUUAUGGGUGAAGAAGGGACAAAAGACUGACGUGGAUUUAAGAUUUGAACUUGUCACUAAAAAAAAAGAGUUUUCUGCUGAGACGGUUUCGUUCCACAAACAUUUCUUUGAGGCUGACGUCAUCUCAGCCGCUCAGUCACCCCUUUAAUGGUUGCACCUACAACCUAUAAAUUUGUUUUUUCGCGGCUCAGUUGAUACAAAGAUCAUUCUCCGAUUCCUGGUUGUGGUCUGCAUCUGUUCGUUUGCACAAUUCUCCCCAUUCUCCUUCAAACCACAGGCUGUUUCUAAAUCCACACGGCCGCCGAUCACUUUGGCUUUUCCUCGCUUACAAUGAUAAUUUUUAUUGUCCCAAAAGGGAUAUUUCGUAACCUUUAAAUGUUCAUGUCUCACAUUAGAAACAUACAUAUGCACGCAACAUGUGCAGUAGACAUAUGGUCGUAUUUACAGGACCUCGAAGCUGGCGUGAGAGAACCCCAAACUCCAAACCCUAAAUUGACUUGUUUUUGCUCGAAACGACAAGCAGCAUUAGCUGAUGUCCCAUGAUGUCUCCCAGGUUUGUGCCACACACAGCAGUCAUGUGACUAGGAAUGUACCAUUUAUGUGGGAAGUGGUGGUACAUUCCACACACCAGAAUGCAUUUUUUAAAAUUAGAUGUGAAGCAUCUUUUAAAAGAAAUUCCACAAAUUCGGCAAACUCACCUUCCGGAUUCUCCGCACGGGGGAGCUGUCGGGUCGGCUCAGAUAUACACGAGCAAACCUGCGCCACCUACAGGAAAACAACAGUAGUUUACUCUGUAUUAAUUAUAUUAUUUGUUAUUAAGUGUUUUCUUCUUUGCAGAAAAAAACCGCCUCUAAGAACAGUUUGUGUGAAACUCUUCUCAGAUGGUAUUUACUGAUCAUCUGCCUUAAGUGAUUGUGUUUCAAGAUGUAAAUAUUGUGCUUAUAAUUUGUGUUGUUUUUAAUUUUUAAUUCUUCUAAUUGGCCUGAAAAUUAGGAGUCUUAAUUGUCCCUCUGUAAGAUGUCAAACACGAGGGUGGAGACAAUUAAAGGCCUUUCAGACACAGUCAGAGUGAGAGAAGUUGCCCAUGUUGACGACCACACUGGAAGACAGAAGGUGUAACUUCAUCACCCUCCUCCUUUGUGAGUUCUGAAGUAAAAAAUUUCAAAACCCUGCUGCCUGUGUUUUCGUUGGCGGCAGCAUCAGAGUCUCUCCCGCUGCUGUCAGUCUUUCCUCCGCCGCAAAGCGCUCUCCAAGUGGUGUAUUUAAUGCCUGCUAACGGCUGGUAUUCUUGGGCCGCCGUGUCACGUUGGAUUAAGCGCAGAUGUGACCUGCCGACGUGGAAAACAUCCUUCACAUCAGCAUCCAAACAGCAGAAAUAUCGGGGGGGGUUUUUCUUUCGCAGCUCUGCCGUCUUCCACGUGGUGUAAUGAAAACUGCAGCAAAUCCACUGAUGCCCGAGAACAUAUAAAGCUAAAUUAUUGAUUAUAAUUGACUGAAGGAGAGCUGGAGGCAUCAGUGACUUCAUGUGAAGGUUCAUUAUUGAUCCAUAGGAAAUGGAUUUGACAAAAGGUUCAUUUAGCAUCUCGUGGUCGUUAUCAGCUCAUGGAGUUACGAGACACCCGUUGUCAUGUGAUGAAAGUUUCAUAUUAAUCUGAUAAGUGAUGUUUAAAUACCUUUUGUAUUGGUCAUAAAGACUGUUCCAAGUUCUUCAGUUAUAUUCACUGAUGCAUCCAGAUCUUGUUUGAGAAAAACAAACAAAAGUGAACAAUUCAAAAAUAGAACAGACGAAACAGAAAGACGUUUUAUUUUUGUAAUUAAGGUUCAGAAACUAAACAUCAUUGUUUUUAACGGUGUGACAUGAAUGCAGCAUUCACUGUAGCAUUUAUGUAAAUAUGAAACGUGACUUUUUUCUCCUUAAUUUCUUGUUUUUGCUUUGAAUGUAUAGAUUUUUUUUUUUUUCUAAGUGGUUGUUUUAGUUUUGGUAUCUACAAAAAUUACAGCAACUAAUUUACACUCCAGAGGCCGGUUGCACAAAACACCUUAAGUUCUCAACAUAAGUAUGGCACUUAAGGUUUGAUGUUUCCUCAGCUGAGGGAGCUACUGAAGGGUGUUGCACAGAAUUAGAAGUUAAGGAAAAAAGUUAAGGCACUUGCAGGAGUGAAGGAGAUUUUACAGAAUUAAAAUUCAAAAAGUUAAAAAUCGCUGGUUUAAGUGAUUCCUAAAGUAAAAGGAGAAAAUCUUAAAAACUUAAGUGAACAUUUUAAGGAAACCUUAAGGGUUUAUUGUGCAACUGUUUUUAUUUUACGGACACCUGAACUCAGACUUUAAGGAAAAUCUUAAUGUAGGGUGUUUGGUGCAACUGGCUUCAGGACCAGAUGUGUAGUAAAGUGGAUGGGUGUGGUUUAUUUGAACAGUGUCGUGUUUGAGCUCCUUGUUGUGAAAGUAGUGACAGUAAUCUGCUGGUUGUUGCGGUCUGAUGGUGUUUUUUUUUUGUUGUUGUUUUUCCUUUUACACCUGAUCAGUGAUGUGAAAUCAGACUGUACCUUUAAUUCGACCUCCAUGUGGAACAACAGGAAAACAUCCACCUGCAGCUGCCGGUCGUCGUCAGCUGGAGCGUGGAACAUCUGGAAGGCACCAAAAACAUGAAACUGUACAAUAAUCUGAACAGAACAAAAAAAAAUAUUUUUUACCAAGUAGAUCAAAACUAAUGU